UGUGCCGAGUCUCCCCUUUUCCAUCCCGUAGGUUUUCCUGGCAGAUGUAUGACAUACUUAAUUCAGAUUUACGACUGGUGAGCAGUCCCAUUGCCCACACUCAAACCUUCAGUGUUUUCUUUAAUUGCUGACUUGUUUGCUCAGAGUUGCAUCAGGAGGCUCAUUUGCCUGUAACGAUAUGACUGGCCCUAGAGCGCACACUCCAGAAUACAUUGUUUCAGCACUCUUUCCCCCCUAGUUUUCAGAAUUUCCCCAUACAAUGUUUUUCAGUGUUUUCCCAUACAGUGUUUUUCAAUGCCAUUUCCUUUCUUGGUGAGCCAUCGGUCAUCCCAGUUUGUCACUGAGCAUGAGGCAUGGUCCAGGGUGGGUAGCCUUGCUGGUGCCUGUCCAUCUGGUGCAGGUAAAAAGCUGUGUGGGAGAAUAUGGGCUUCUUACUCAUUGUCAACAGCUUUGCUCCUGUGUUUGUGUGGAUAGAUGACACAGAAAAAAUCAAGAACUGCCAAGACCUGAAUUCUGCUGGUUGUGAAAGAAAGAAACUGGUUGUGGACUACUACUUUGAGAAAGUGCGGAAGCUGAAAUUCAGUUGUGUCCAGCUCAGUGUUACCCGACUGCUGGAACUGAAGCAGGGAAAGCCAGCAGGAAAGGGCACUAUUAUGGUAGAGAUUUCAGCAGAGGAGAUUAAGGAUACCAGGGUUGUACACCUGGAAAUUGAAGCCCAAAACUUGGACAAAAAGGUGGAAUAUGAAUGCCUUCAUCCUGAGAAAAAACAAAAUAAAAACAACUACAGAAACUCUGGCAUUAUUAGGAUAAAAUCCUGCAAGAUUGAGACAGGUUAUUCAUUUCUGGACUAUGUGAUGGGAGACCAGAUUAACUUUAUGCAACAAGCUGUUUUCCUGCAUUUGGGUUUGGAGCUCAGGUUCCUCCUAGCUGGCAGGGAUCCAAGGAAUAGUGGAUGCCUACUGCCAGAUUCUGCCUCUGAUGCGACUCUACGGGCCAACCAACUUCUCUCCUAUUAUAAACCACAUGGCAAGGUUUGCAGCACACUUGCUGCAAGAAGGAACUACUGCAUACAGAGAAUAUUGGAAGUGCACAAUGAAAAUCAUUAGGCAUAGGAGAAAAUGCGAAUGAAUCAAUACUUUAUCUUGUUGAUCAUCACAGAUGGAGAGAUCACUGAUCUAGACCAAACUAGGCAAGCCAUUGUUAAUGCCUCUAAGCUGCCCA